AUGGUAGUAAAUGUUGAUGAUCCCGAACUUCCAUCCGGCAUCAUAAUGUCAAGUGCAGGCUCCAGCCCGGACAUAUAUCGUCCUAAGAUUGCAGAGACAAUCACAGUUGACCAGUCAGGCCAUGGGGAGUUCACCACGGAUACAUUGAGUUACAGCAUAGGCCGCCACUAUUUCGAAUCAUGCAGAAUACAAGGUUUAAUCGAUUUUAUCUGGGGCUCGGGCCACUCCAUCUAUCAGAAUAGCAAGAUAAAUGCUAUUGCAGCAGUUCUGGGAAAUGGACCAGGAGAGUAUAUUACAGCUCAGGAAAGAGACAGCGGAGAGAACAGCAGCGGGCACGUCUUCAGUGGACGUUCCAUGGUGCAUUCGACUUACCUUGGGAGGGCUGACAGGAACUACUUAAGGGUCAUGUUCUGUUGA